AUGACUCCACAGGCUAGCUAUGUUUAUCCUCCUCCAUAUCCAGCUGUGACGUCAUAUACUGACGUAGGAUACCCUCCUCAUCAUUCAUCGGCUGGUAAGAUUACUCUUUCGUCAAACGACGACGCUGGAUAUCUUCCUUCACAUACAGCACAUGGUAGAACUACCAUGACGUCACAAGAUGGCUCAGGGCAUCCUCCUACUUACACAGAUCCUGGCACGACUACUGUGAUGUCUCAGAAUGGGAAUUCUUCUCAACACACAGUACCCGCCAAGGCUAUUGUGACGUACGUAGGCUCUGAGUGAUGUCAUGAUAAGCUGUGAAUGACGCAAGAGCUCACCGGUCACUGACAAGCCUGGAAAACGACUGGGCAUGAUAAACAUUCUAAACCAGUUAAUUUAUGUAAAUGUAGUAGGGGCCCCAGAAUAAUUCUAAGUAAUUUCUUAAGUUUGCAGUAUUUUUUUUCACGUUAUCAUUCCCUGAUAUGGUUAUAAAUCAUAUUUCAAGAUUUUUGCAUGUAACACAUUAUAAGAUAAUGUUAACCUUUGCGCCGAUUGGCGAGCUAAUAGGUAGUUAUUAGGCAGUAUUCACCAGCAAGCGAAACUAAAUGGCCUUGGUGUACAAGUUUGGCUUAAAAAGCGAUUUUUCUUCCGAAAUGAAGCCUUUUUGCAUCCUUAAGUUAAUAGGAGGUAUUUCGGGACACUUUGAACGUUGAUUUAACGUAAUAGGCCUAGAAUUCCAAUUGAUCAAGAUCACUGUAAAUUUUAAAAAAAGCAUAAAUCUAAGUAAAUAUGCUAUUGAUAUACCAUGGUUCUCCUUUCUCUUUUCAUUGGAAUCUUUUGUUCCUUUCUGGUCGCUUGGAACCCUAGUAAACCCAUGAACUCAAGUCCCCUUGAACGUUGGCAGCUAGUGCCAUGCCCCUGGCCAUUAGUUCGGACAGUUGUCAAUUUGUUGUGAAGGGUACUUAAUGGCAUAAGUGGGGUACGCAUACCUUGGACAGCCUGCGAAUAACACUCGGCUGAGCCAUUUAAUUUGUCCUACAUCUCUUGAAAUUCCUCAGGAUGAAUAAUUCUGAGUCAUUUCUUAAGAUUGCAGUAUUAUAUACUGCACUAUAUCUCCCAGAGAAUUCAAUAUUUUGACCUAUCAUUCUCACACAUUUGUCAACUCAAUGUACUUAGCAUUUGUGCCAAAUUUGAGCAUUAUCACCCUGGCCUGGUUUUCUCAUGGACACGCUUUAGAAGCAAACCGUUCUAGGAGCGAUUAUCAAUUAGCCUACAAGACAGGUCUACUUUGUCUAUUUGUUAAAUUUCGCUUUUUAUUUUUUGCGCAUUCGCAAGGCGGGGCGCGAAGUACUCAAGCGGAGAUUUGCGCCAACUGUGCGAAAUAAUACAGCUGAGUUCGUCAAGCCCUAAAAUUUCGAUAAUAGUUUCACCAUGCCACCUUCCCUCUUUACCACCAGUGUUAGAAAUUCUCAUAGUCCUUUCAUUUUGUCCAAUCGCUCUGACGUUAAACGCCUUUAAACUCUUUACGGUGGCCAAUUCACCUUAUCAACUCAGUUGAUAACAAUAAAUUUACCUUUAAUAUAUCCUGAAAGUGCUUAUAUGGAAUUGUGAAAUACUAAAUUACAAUUUGCUUUCUUUUUUCAAAAAAUCAAAACUAGUCUAACGAAGACUGAGGAAUUCUCAUUUGAUAAAAGAUACUUUUAAAUACUUCAACAGUUGGCUCACAGUAUCAGGCGCAGUCGAGGCAACCAAAAGCUAAUUUUCCACUCUUCGUCAUUCUUCUGAAUUCUUGUAACGAACUGUUGUACAAUAAAUAUCGACGCAACUGUGGAAUUUUUGGAAAAAUUUCCGCACAGCCCCAUACUUAAAUAUGCAUGCACAUCUUAAUGGUGAUGCACUGAAUAAUAAAACCUCAGAUAUGGAAGCACAAUGAAGUAUGGGGCUGUGCGGAAAUUUUGCCCAAUUUCCUGCCUAUAUCUCUAAAUGGCAUCAAUUAAGAUACCCAUGGAAAUAAAAUCAACGUUCGAAUCUGCACGUUUCUACUCCGAACACCAUCGAUAUUCAAUUGUACACCCACGGCGGCACGUGCACGAUGUUUUCGUUGAAACGUGCGUGACCGCAGCUCACUUACUCAUAGACAAUGGCCAUAGAAACUGACCGUCUAGGUCAAUACUGCCUCGAUAGAAAACAGAUUCUCAUAACUUCCGGCCGAAGAAAUGUGCGAAGUUCAGAAAGGUGAAUUAGGAGUCGGAUCUUUGAAGUGGAAAAGUAUUAAAGUAUUCAGACGCAACGUUUGCAACUCAGAUGAGUUUGACGUUCGGAAGAGUUACUUCGAUUUAUCAACUAUGGGAAAGUUUCUAUGCGGCAGCGUUUUACGAAUAAUCGCUCUGCAUAUUGCACUCUGUGGCUUGGUAAGUUCUCAUGCCCAGAUCAAUAUUUAAAUGUCUCAGUUCUUUUUUCAGCCUCAAAUAAAUCACUCCCCAACUUUAAAGCCGCCAGGUUUUAAAAACCGCAUGCGAAACUUUUUAAGUUUUUCAUUUCCAGUCAUGUUAAUCUUCUCGAUUUUUGUCCACCGUUUUCCUUUUCUUUGCUUUACUUGUUAUGGACUCUUUUGUGUUUUCCUAACAUAGAAUAUUUGACAAAUUUUCAAGUCAUCCAGCCGUUAAUUUCCUCUCAUACCAACUUUUAGCUACUUGCUAAUUAAAACGUUGCUUUAUCAGUUUCUUGCGUAAAUGUAUAGUUUCUUAAUCGCUCCGUUCUCUCUUGUGAGUGAUUGAGUCAGCUAUAAAUGCGGACGAACUUAAGUUGAUAUUCAUCCUUUGGAUUUCAAAUUCGAUUACUGGUAGUCAUCUAUCGCGCUCGGGUGUCGUCUACGGCGAUGUUAGUUCGUUUAACAGUCCUAAUGGAAACUUUGCAUGUCACGCAUGUCACGCAUGACCUCUUCGGAGUCUGUAAACAACAUAUAAUUUAUAGGGUACACUUAUUCAUUUCCAUUCAAAGAGCUAGAAAAUAUAGACUAAGGACACUAGGAGUUCAUAAGAAUUCUUUGAAUUUGAAUUUACACGCUCUGCAACUAACAACAUCCCCAAUCUGGCAAAGUUUUCGUCAAAUUGUACUAUGCAUUUACAUUAUUAUUCUUGUCAUCCAAAACAAAAACGUCCUUAUUCCAGCGAAAUACGAUCACUUAAGCCCUAAAUUUGUAGAUAAGGUUGAAAAUUAAAAAGAAACCAUCGACGCCGAGGCGAUAAAUAGAUAAUGAUGACAUAUUUCGCUUCUAAGAGAGCUCGAGCAGUUGACAACUAGCGUGAACCGGAAGUAACAUACGUAAUGUUUACAAAUUUACUUUCUCAAACUCACGUCCUCUUUCAGCUGAGAGAUAACGCCAUUUCAUUCUAGAUGUCUCGUUCCUCUCGUGGCUGCAACCAGCGUUGAAACAUGACGGCAAAAGCAACGAUAAUUUAGCGAAAAUCUAAAGAUUUAAUGAGCAGAACAAAAACGUUUCGCGCGUGUGUGCGUGCGUUAUCAAAUUUAUACAUCUCCAAACAGAGAUGCAGAUAGAAGGAUGGAUUAAAGAUAUUAUUGAAAAAAACAAUCCUUCAAGAUUGGGUUGCUGUAAUUUAUACAAACUGUAGUAAUUACAACAUGUUAUCUAUACCCGUUUUUCAAUUUCAGGGAGUGUCAAUGUUUUCAAUUUACUAUCAAAUUCAAUUUGUUAAAUGGCUUAAGCCUCUCGAAGAGAUCUACACCAGGGACUUUCCAUUCACCAGAGACUCCUUUGAAGGUAAUUUGAUUUAAUUUUUCCUCUUCCUCGAAUUUAUGGGGGACAUUUUGGAAUUACACAUAUUGACCUCAUUUUCGUUCCAAAACAAGAUUUAACAACGGGAACCAAAACGUUCUCUGGUGAUCUUUAAUUUGGUUCAAUGUUAUGUUCAACAUGAUUAUGAUCUGAUACGAUACACGACUGAAUUUACCGGUGUCAAUUUUCAUUGAGCCCUCAACAAACUCUUUAAAAAUACCUAACAAUUGCACUGAGACUGCUAGCCCACAUGUUAAAGUUAUUCUAAAUAUUUUUUAAACUUUUGAAAUCAGUUUCUGGCUAUAUUUUCUGACCAGUGUUCAAAUGAUUUGGGGUAUAGUUUGAAUUGCAAUGAGUAAGCGCAAGUACAUAUACAUUUUUCAAAGCAUAAUCAAUUUGCUUGCCCAACGUACACAGGAACUUGAAAUUAGUCAAGCUCUUUUAAAGUCUAAUUGUGUUUUAGUAUCCAUACUCCAAAAUCCACUCGAAAUUUAUUACCAAUAUACUUCAAAAAAAUCACUUGUGCAUUUUCCGAUCACUAAGGCAAUCUUUUUGUUAUUAUUGUUUGGUUUUUUUUUUCUUCUUUACUAACUACAAGCUUAUCUUUUUCUUUCGUCCACUUAAAUAGAGUAUUAUAAAUUGAGCCGAGCCUAUAUCGCUUUUAAAGCAAUUAAUUUGUUGGUCAACUUGUUGCUGCUGGUAUCUAUUGCCUUGGUAAGCUCAACAAUUUUUAUGAAUUUUUAUGAAUUAAAUUCUGAUGGAUUAACGUUAUAUUUAAGUAAUUAGGUAAGUUUGUCCAGUUUUUCCAGAGUACUUCUUACACUAUUUUUCACUCAAAAUUUACAGCUUGCUUCUGUUACCUUCUUUUCACAGAAGAACCAAUAUUUGGCAAUAACCUGGCUUGCGUGGGGCAUUAUCGACGUUCUUUUCAUGUUAGCACUGUUGUUUUACUGCAUUUCUGAAUGGAAACUGGUGAGUAAAGAUUAACGUUCACCGAAUACGAUGCCUGUCAUAUCUAAAGAACAACUGCUAAAGAAUCUCUGAAACAUGUCAUUUUUUUUUUCUACUUUUCCUAACGUCAGCAACACCGUUACUUGGUUGGGAUACUCGCAUGGUGCGUCAUAAAGGUACAUUUAGUUGUUACUUUAUUCACCUGCCGAGUUUAUCUUACAAUUCGUUGGGUAAAGGAUGCGAGAUAUUUCAUAAUUCAGCAAUCAAUUUAACUGGAAAUCAAAUGUGUCAAAACAUUUCUCCCAAAGUGCCUCUAUCAACCCAGGAAAAUAUUCUGCGUAGUAACUGCAAACUAUCAGCAAAUUGAAAAAACUACCAAGAGGUAACCUUUAGAUAAAUGGACUAGCAUUUCAUUCUGAGGAAGUGGCAAUAUUUCUUGUGGCUUCAUGGGAAAAUGGAACGAGCUUAGAUAAGGUACAACAUGAACUCAUUCCUAAAGCUGGUGGAGAGUCUAAGAUAUCGUACCCACACUGUAUCAAGAUUUCUCUGCAAUUUGCAGGAAAUGAGACACAACUAACCAUCGCUGGUUCUUUUUCUCUUGAGAUUUUCUUCAUCUUCGUGAUGUGUGCAUAUAUUGCGUUCCUUCGUAAAGAACUCUUAGCGCAGGAUAUGGAAAUACGAACUGUUACUUGUGCUGAUAUCCAUGGCAAUCAAACUCAAACGGUAACUACAUCUUUAUCUUGAUUUUUUCACAACCAAAGUACAAUUUUUAAUCAGCGAAUAUAGAUUUUAGACAGUGUAAGUGAGCCGUGAUAACAUCUGCCUGAUCGGUCGACGGACUUGAUAAAAGUAUUGAUGAAAACUAUUUUGCACUGGAAAUCUGUUUUUGGUAAAUAUUACCAAAAUAGGAUCACACCAGGAAAAUUUAUACCAAACUGUUGCUUAAAUAAUGUCUGUACGUUACGUCACGGCUCACUUUCGUUGUUAACAAUAGCGUCGUUCUGUUUGUUAGCUGUCGCUUCAGAAGGAUGCAGACGUAGCAGCACAGGAGUUAUUACUGAUCACUCUCGUUUUAUUCAUCUGGUUGGCUUUUUUUUUUAUCCAUUCAUUCAUUUAUCCGUUUCAUUUUCUAAUUCACAGGUUGACAUGGGACAUCUUUUCCAAUACGCGGCUCCGUGCCAGGCCCCUGUGACGUCAAAGUCUGACGUAGGAUACUCUCCCUUACAAGCCGCACCAAACAAUACUGUGACGUCUUAUGAUGGCUUAUUGCUACCUGAAACGAUGCAAGUUGACGAAAGAAAUCUUUCUGCAUCAGCGGUACCGGACAAAACUACUGUGACGUUACUUUAA